AUGCGCUCGCCCUCCGUCAACAAAUUACCUACAGAAAUGCUGUGCGAGGUUUUCAAGCUCCUCACAGGAUGUGUAGAUGGUGGCAUUAGCGACCCCACCAUGGCAGUCAUGGAUCCAGACGGGGACAGCAGUGGCAUCAUAGUCACGCCCCCAGCCGACGCCUUGAUGCUUCCCGAACUCACACAUGACUCCGAAACCGCGAUCGCCCUCUCACACGUCUGCAAAAGAUGGCGCAGGAUCAUGCUCGACCGACCCGUUAUGUGGUCACGUCUGCGCAUCACUCACAGGCGGCUCUUCUCGGACUGGGCAGACCUCACCAAAGAGGUACUCGAGCGUUCCCGAAGUAAUCCACUCCAUCUGGACGUGUCCUUUCUAGUAAGAUGCAACCCAAACACGAGGGAUAACUGUCAAAGCAUCUUUUAUGCUGUUAAUGGCAUAUUCGCCAAGCACUUAGCGCGUUGUUCCGACACGACCGCUGGGAUCAAGUGGCUCCACAUCUUCGAGGAGGUUGAUCGGAAAGAGAUCAGUCCCAACAUACCAUUUCAAAUAUCUCUAAUCGCGCCUCAGGUCGUCUCGCUGGCUUCUCAAUUCGCUCUGGUGUCCGACUUUCCUACGGGUAUGGAUCGGAUUCUCUUCGAGGACCGUCUGUUUUCCAAGGGGGAAUAUCUGGACGCUCUGACAAUGACUUAUGUAAAACACAUCAUCCUCGCCAACAUCGAUAUCCCCGCUGCGCGCCUUCAAUGGGAGGCUGCGCAGGACAGAGUCAAGUAUCUCAAAAGGACCGCAUCACCCCUCGUCAGUAUCAUGUUUCGCGACAUCAGAGACUCUGUGGGGAGCAUCCGUAGCAACGACCGCAUUCGCGCUGCCCAGCAGUUUUUUGCGGAAACCUUUCUAGAGCGGAUUAGUGAGACUCUGGAGCAAGUCUGGUUUGUCGGUAUCUCUGAAGACAUUUGGGCUGGAUUUAUCUCCGUGUGCGACGGCAUACCAUUCCACUUCCCAAACGUGCGCAGUUUGAGGCUCGAAGACAUCAAUAUGUACGACGGCGAUGACGAUUUUGACCUUCUCGCGAGGCUGUUCCCUAAUUUAACUCGGUUAAUGGUGGGGAUUAUGGACGAAUCCCAUGGAAAGACUUUGAUCAAGCUUUGGUCGUUGGAUAAGUCUGUUUGGCCAAAGCUGAAGGAAAUUGAAUAUGAUGAUGUUUUGGUGGAGAGGGAGGAGGGGAUGAAAUUUAAAAGGUGGAGGAUUCGGCCUACUAUGUCGAUUGAAUUGUAAUCAUCAUGGGACUGGUCUUCGUAUAAUUAAAUCCCAUAUAAACUAUCCU